AUGCCACCACGAUGUCCAACUCUGCCCGGGACAUUGACACCCUUUCUUUACCCCUCCCUCCUCUCGCAAACCCCUAAAUUCCUAUUACGAACACCCUUUAACCGCCGCCACGAAUCGACUAGACCCCACAUCCAACUCCCCGAAGAAGGGUCGCACCUCAACCCCCCACCUACCGACUACUCGCGCACAAUCUUCACUGAUCGCGCGACUGUAACAUUAUAUGCUGGCGCAGGUGGCCAUGGCUGCAUUUCUUUCCUGCGCGAGAAAUACAUCGAGGCGGGCCCCGCGAACGGCGGCGAUGGCGGCACCGGAGGAAACAUUUACAUCCAAGCCAUGCGCGGCGAGACCUCUCUACACAAGCUGGCGCGGCGCAACAUUCUGAGAGCUGGACGUGGAAAAAAUGGACAGGGAAGGUCGCGAGGCGGAGAGCGAGGCGACGAUGUCAUUAUCAAAGUCCCCGUGGGGACCGUAGUACGGGAAGUCGAACGCGUGGACCCCGUCGCCAUCGAAGAGGAGAGGAUGAAGCUUGAAGCCGGAAAAGAAGAUGCUGUUGAUGGCUCGGGCCCGUGGAAGUGGAGCCGGGAGAAGUGGUUGCUGUACCCCGCUAUCACACCAGAGGAUGUUGCGACUGCGGAGUUUCCGAGUUUACCCAGGGGGAGGAAGAGUCCGUUACAAAUGGCGCAGGUCAAGGGACCAGUGUCACUAGAUUUGAGUAAGCCUAUGGAGAGGCCGCUAUUGCUUGUGGCCGGCGCUAUGGGCGGAUUGGGGAACCCCCAUUUCUGUACAAGGGCCGUCCCUAGACCGAAAUUUGCUACGAAGGGGGAAGAGGGGGUCAAGCUCGUGCUUGAGCUUGAACUCAAGUUACUCGCGGAUGUUGGACUCGUCGGGCUGCCUAACGCAGGAAAAAGUACGCUCUUAAGAGCCAUGAGCCGGAGUCGAGCCCGAGUAGGUAACUGGGCAUUCACAACCCUCCAGCCCAAUAUCGGGACGGUAGUUCUCGACGACCACAAAGGCCGUCCGCUCGCCCGCUGCCAAUACGAAGAUGGCGAGCCACGCACUCAUUUCACCAUCGCCGAUAUCCCGGGUCUCAUCGAAGACGCCCAUCUCGAUAAAGGCCUCGGCAUCUCCUUCCUGCGACACGUCGAGCGCGCCCGCGUCCUCGCCUUCGUCAUCGACCUCUCAAAAGGCGACGCUAUCACGGCUCUGAAAGGCCUCUGGAAAGAAGUCGGCGAGUACGAGCGCCUGAAGAUCGCCGAGGAGAGGGAGAAGGCCAAUCCAAUCGUGCACUGGUCGCCAUUCAUGUCGCCCGAAGACGCGCUGGCGAAUCGGCAGGAGACGAUUGUCAUCCCCAACGGCCCGACGUUUGAGAAUCCGCUGGCCCCCGAGAUGCCGAGUAUCGCUGGCAAGCCCUGGUUUGUGGUUGCCACCAAGGCGGAUCUGGACGGUACCAAGGAGAAUUUCGACAGCUUGAGGCGCUACCUGGCCCAGGUUGAUGGUGGGAGCGAGGCGCAUCCUAGUGGGCAGCAGGACUGCUGGACCGGCAAGGUGGAGGCGAUUCCUGUCAGUGCUAUCAACGGGCACGGCGUGGAGAGAAUUACCGAGUGGACUGUAAGCUUGUUGGAUGUCUAG